AUGGCAAUCACUGAGCCAUGUAUGUAUAAUCUAGAGAGAGCUAUGGCAAUCACUGAGCCAUGUAUGUAUAAUCUGGAGAGAGCUAUGGCAAUCACUGAGCCAUGUAUGUAUAAUCUGGAGAGAGCUAUGGCAAUCACUGAGCCAUGUAUGUAUAAUCUGGAGAGAGCUAUGGCAAUCACUGAGCCAUGUAUGUAUAAUCUAGAGAGAGCUAUGGCAAUCACUGAGCCAUGUAUGUAUAAUCUAGAGAGAGCUAUGGCAAUCACUGAGUCAUGUAUGUAUAAUCUGGAGAGAGCUAUGGCAAUCACUGAGCCAUGUAUGUAUAAUCUAGAGAGAGCUAUGGCAAUCACUGAGCCAUGUAUGUAUAAUCUGGAGAGAGCUAUGGCAAUCACUGAGCCAUGUAUGUAUAAUCUAGAGAGAGCUAUGGCAAUCACUGAGCCAUGUAUGUAUAAUCUGGAGAGAGCUAUGGCAAUCACUGAGUCAUGUAUGUAUAAUCUAGAGAGAGCUAUGGCAAUCACUGAGCCAUGUAUGUAUAAUCUGGAGAGAGCUAUGGCAAUCACUGAGCCAUGUAUGUAUAAUCUAGAGAGAGCUAUGGCAAUCACUGAGCCAUGUAUGUAUAAUCUGGAGAGAGCUAUGGCAAUCACUGAGCCAUGUAUGUAUAAUCUGGAGAGAGUUCUCUAG